GGGGCGGCGGCCAUCUUGGGUUCGGGUGUGAAGCCGGCUGGCGUGAGGGAGUCCGGCGUGGGUGUUUUCCCUAGGGAGCCAUGUUGGAUGCGGGCAGGCCGAGCCCUCCCGCUGCGGCCAUCUUGAGGCCUGGCAGAGGCGCGCCGUCGGGCUCGUGGGUGGAGGAAGGCGGUGUAUCACAGUUUCCUGGGUAAUGCUGAAAGGCAAACUUACCGAAGAACUCAGAAUGGGAUACUUCUGCUUUAUGCCCUGGGAAAAAGGAAUGGGAAGCAGUAAUGUGAUUUAUCACCACCAGCAGGAUGUUACUGGAAAAACAAAAGAGGAAAACUGAAGUGGGUGGUGUUCAGAAACUUUCCUAGAGGUGGCAAUACUUGAAUAGAAGCCAGUUCUCCAUGUUCUCUGAAUGACUCCUAGCAUUUAAGCUGGUAUUGUCAGUCCAGUCCUGCAGACUAGAGGUAAAGAAAGGCUCGCGUAAUUGAGUGUGGCAAAUAUCCAGAGAAAUGCAAUAUAGAUGUGAGGAUCCAGGAUUGUUCUUGCUACUUCUGCAUUUUCUGAGGCUAGCGUUCCGUGUGCUGCUGCGACUGAGAAGACCUGCCGGCCCAGGCAGCCCCACGUGCGGCGCACCUCUUCGCUAGACACCAUCGUGGGCUCGUACCUCUUGGGACAAUGGCCACGGGAUGCUGAUGGGGCUGCUGCUUCGUGCAUGAACGACAAAGCUACCCAGCCGUGUUUCUCAUCACUUCAGACUCCAGUGUCCUGGUAUGAAACAGAAGUGGGGAAAGCCAGCUCCAGUACUCACAAGCGUUCUGCUUCUUGGGGUAGCACAGAUCACCGCAGAGAGAUUGCCAAACUGAAGCAACAGCUCCAGCGAACAAAGCUAAAUGGCAGAAGUGGCAAAGAAAAGGAGAAGAGCUCCCCACUCCAAGGGGACCAUGCUGUCCUUGGAUUCUUCAGGGACUCUCCUUCGGCAUUUCUUUCUCCAUCUCCCGUUUUGAGACUCAGUCCGUGCUUACACAGGAGCCUUGAAGGGCUAAACCAAGAACUGGAGGAAGUGUUUGUGAAAGAACAGGGAGACGAAGAGCUUUUGAGGAUUCUGGAUGUCCCGGAUGGCCACAGGGCACCAGCACCGGCCCAGAGAGGCUCUGGAGACACAUCCCUGACCCUGGAGCCCAGCAGUAGCAGCUGCAGCAGUCUCUCUCUUUCUCCUUCUCCUUCUUCUGUGCCCCUCCGCCUUUCUCCACACACCCCAGUGAGACUGGCGGCCGAAGAGCUCUCCUCUGCUGUGGAUGAGGUGCAGCCAGAUCCAAAGGAGAAAGAGGGUGGCAGCCCUUCUCCAGUCCUGACCUUUGCUGCUUCUCCUCGGCCCAACCACAGCUACAUGUUUAAACGGGAACCUCCUGAAGGAUGUGAGAAAGUCCGGGCUUUUGAAGAAGCUUUAUCCCCCAGCCCUGAUCAGCCUUUCCAGCCUUCCUGCCCAGAUAAGAACAAAGUGCACUUCAACCCCACCGGUUCUGCCUUCUGCCCGGUCAGCCUGGUGAAGCCGCUCUUCCCUAACGUGGGCUUCCUCUUCCGGGGGUUUCCUGCUGCUUCCAGCCCUGGCACAGGCUCGUUUACGUCCUGUCAGUCCUCGGCCCCCACCACCCCGUUCCUCGGGGUGCGGAAGGACCCCGCAGUAGAUGGCUUUAGCGAGGUGUCUAAAUCGCCUUCGCUGAACUACGAACACUGGAAGCGCGGCCAGCCGGAGGAGAGCGUCGUCUUCCACAGCUCCCUUGUGGUGUGAGGCCUCGGGGGCGGCCGGCCGGCCGUGGCGUCUCCGGCAGCCCGCGGAGAUGAGCGCCUUGAGAUUGGGACACGACAGCUAAGCGGCAGCCUCGGGCUCGGGACCGGUGGCAGGCUUCCUCCGAGGAUGGCAGACUGAAGCGCAGGGUGCCGCAGGGCUCCGCGCUGCGGGAGAGGCUCGUUUCUCCGAGCCUCCCCUCCUCAAAGCACUUUCCUGUGUUGAAAUGUCUUUGUUUCCUGUGUGAUUGUUUUGCUGGUAAAGAGCAGCGGGGGACCGCUGCUGCGAGCGGAGGCCAGCUCGGGCUCCCUGGCUCCGCGGGUGAGCUGCAGCUACGAGUUCAGGCAGAGCUUCCCACCACUUCUCCCCCCCUUGGGGCUUUCCAGGCCUUGCUGAACGUGUGGGAGUGCGAAGGGGGGAGAAGGGGCUUGUAGGAGAGCUGCUCUUGGAGAGGGCCGAGGUGUCUCAAGGAAAGCUGCACUGGGGCAGGAGUGGGUGUGCACCUGCGCUAUGAAGACAGCUCAGAGCACCAAGAUGGUGCGAGGGGCUGGGGGAGAGGAGGCUGUGGAUCCCUGACGGUGCCUCCUGGGGACACCUGACACCUCGAAAGGAGCCUGCAGCUCCAAGGAGCCUUGAGAAAGCCCUGCCGCAUGCGGGGAGGGUGCACACGACUGCGCCCCAGCAGCACACAGGCUCUGGGUGCUGGGAAGCUGCUCGUGUGCCGGGGGCAAAGAGGCACUUGCAGCUCUGCGGUGGCUUUGCUGUGGGUGGGCGAGGGUCUUCCCAGUGGCUCGGCCUCCCUGCGGGAAGAGGGGUGGGAAUUAAAUGGGCAAUAACUAAGGUCUUGCACAAGGGAGGUGGCUGCUAUAGAGAGACCAGGUGCUGCCUUCUGGGCAUGGGCAGCCGGGUGGGGGUCAGGGUGGGACCGGUGACGGUUGGGCCUGGGCCGGAGCCCCUGAAACGUGCCAAAUCCAGCAGUGCUGUCCUGAAGCAAAGCCUGGGACAGCAAAGCGGGAACACGGGGACGUGGGUUGCAAUGCCUGUCGGUAACAAAAGUAUUUGAUUUGGGUUGUUGGUUGUACUGAAGGAGCCUAUUUUCUUGUAUUUGAUGUAGAAACUCUAUUUUCUUCCAAAGACACUAUUUUUGCAGCUGUUUGAAGUUUGUAUUUUAUGUAUGUAUUGCAGAGCUUAAAGGAGGAACGUUAGCUUUGGAGAUUUUGUGUUUAGAGGAGGUUUUUUUUUUUUUUUUUUUUUUUUUUUAUUGCCAGUUA